CAAGCUUUUGACAGAUAUUUACCUUCCACGCAUAACUAGAGUACUAGCAGUUAUUUGGUUAAUUUAGUAGUCAGCGAUUUAAGUAUUAUUAAUACCAAUCUAGUUCAAACAAUUCUCAUGUUUUCGGGAGGAAAAGUGAACAUCUAGUAUUUAUACUUUAAGCGUGAACAAAUUCGAUGAAAUAGGAGUUGAUGGUUACAAAGAAGAAUAUUGAUACUUUGGAAGCUCUUUGGAAACAUUUAAAAAACACAGAAGAUACUCCUGACCAAAAAUGGAUUAAAAGAUGCCUAGAAAUUAUUCAUAAUACGCCGAGUCGUACUUUGGUGUUCAACGAAGUGAUGGAAAGGCUCUAUAGGGUUUCUGAGAAGAUGUCAAUUUUGGGUCGUGAGGAUUUGGAAGUACCUCUCCUUGAUGCAUGUAAACUACUCGAGCAAAAGACUACUAAUCUUAAGGAAGAAUUUUUGCAUGCUCAAUUUUUGACAAUAUUACUAGAGCUGUCAAGAAAUCCCCUUGAAAUCCGUAAUGCGCAAUUCCCCAGUAAAAAGGAAGAUUUUCAAGCUGAAACAGAGUCGCGUCUUAUGAAUGAAGAGCUACGUUCAUUAAGUGGAGAUCAUUGGGAAGAACAAGAUUGGAUGGAAAUAACUAGUGAGGAAGAAGUAGACGAAGAAGAAGGUUUUGGUGAUUUGUCAGUAGAAAAGUCCCAAUCCUCUACGCUAACUGAUGAAAAGCAAACAAGGAAUGUUAGACAAGAUGAUUCCAAACCAUGGAAGUUACAUUCUUUAACUAAAAUCACCGUACCCUAUGUUAAGAAUGAAGCUACUGCAGGCUUUAAGAGGCUAAAACCUUUUAUGUUUUUUCAUGAGAGCAGUAAUUUAGAAGAUAAAGAUGUUUCAGAAAGAUGGUUUGUUAAGGAUGUUAUCUACAUGCUAUUAGGGCUUCCUAGUUUUUUCUUUCACACUCACGAUACUGGGACUGUAGAGGUUAGACAUCAAAUGCUUCCCAAAGUGAAAAUGCUUACUCAUAAAUUGAUGUAUAGCAUUUUGGAUGUCUUUGCAAAUUACGGCUCCUGUUUGAAUAACUAUCGAAAUCUCUUGAAAAGCUUAUCGGAGAACAAUGUGAGUCAGGUAAAUAUAAAUCACAGGUCUGAAAUUGUUAGAAAAGAACGUAUUUUUCCAUAUCUAGGGCAACCUUUAGAAACCUGUUUAAAAGAGCUACAAAAACGAUUGCACAAGCUAGAGUCUGAGAUAUACCAAGCAAUGACAAAGUCGACUCUAUUCCAGGCGUAUAUCGAUCUAUCCCCAAUUAUUUUUUGUUUGACGAAUUAUUUGAAGAUUUUCAAUACUUCAAACACCGUUUGGGAUGUGGUAGAGAAACUUGACAUCCUAAAGCAGCAGAAACGUGAGGAGCAUGUCUAUAAUUUCCUUUUCAAAUCUUCAUGCACGGCACUUAUACGAUGGCUAUUUCGGUUUGUUGGUUAUCUGCAUGCUGAGAAGAUUCCACAAUACGUGAAAAAAACUGCCUUGUUGAUGAAGCAGCUGAAUCUCGAGAAAGAUGGUCAGGAGGAAGUGCUGCAAGACUUGGAAAACUCUUCCGUUUACGAAAGUACUUUUUCUUUUGCAGCAGUGCUGUUGCAAUUGGAAGUGUAUUUACAAGCAAGGAAAACGAAUUUACCAUUAACUGGAAUUGAAAGGAAAGUUUUAGGAGAAUUUACUCCCCUCUCAGAGCUAAAUGCGUUAAUUCAAAAGUAUGAAUCUGCCAAGGAUAUAUUGCUACUCAAGGAACAAAGCAAAUUGACAUAUGGUCAUUUUGUAUUCAUUCGAACAUGCCUUGAAUAUUUUAUGUUUUUGCAGAAUGAAAUGCAAAAGAUAUUAUCGGACGAAAGCGAUUUGAAUAGUGACGUUAGCUUUUUUGGGACGAAAAUGGAGCCAUACUACAACGGUUUGGGUGUAGAGGCCGUCGUAGAGCGAUUUCUGCAGGAUGUGUUUACCGAAGAUGUAUUAGAGAUUCUACAGCAUGAAGCUUUAAGCUGUCAACAAGAUGUGUUUGCGAAUAUCAUGGAAAAAAUAUUUUCUACAGAUUCACCUUCAACUUCAGAAUGGAAUGAAACAAACGAAAAGGUACAAGAACGCUGUGAUAUUUUCGUGAAGCUCUCCAAUAUUCUAUUGCAUCCUGAUCGGCCCGUUGAUCCAGGUGCUUAUUGUUGUAGGAGGCGUUUUUCAGAGUUACUUUUAUUGAUCGUCCCUGAAGUUUAAAAAAAACAGGCCAAUCUACAAAGAGCGGGGCUUAAACUACAUAUUUGCAUAAGAAUUUUAAUGAUCUUAUUGAGGAUUCAAGUCAUCAAUAUCUGGUGUAUUCAUAAUAUACGCUGCGUGGCUUCGUAAAUGAAUCGUAAGAAAUAAAAUGAACGACAUGGUA